GUAUAGAAAUUCUCAACAGAACAAAGUGAUCAUCGUAACAUACUUCUAGAGUGCGCUAUAUUCUAGUUACCACACUUCUCCCUCUUCUUCCAUGUAGUUUUAUUCCCGUUAUUGAAGUAUCUUUACUGUCAAUAAGUACUAUAUUGUCAUAUUCUUAUCGUGUUCAGUGCGACAUUUAGCUCGGCGAGAUAAGAAGAGCAUUUUACUCACGGAACAGUGAAAUAGUCUAAAAAAAAUUCCAGAUGUGGACCUAUCAUAGAUUGUGCACCAGUAAGGCGUGUCUUGAUGAUAAAGUUGCUAUAAUAACGGGUGCAAAUACCGGAAUCGGUAAAGAGACCGCCAGAGAUUUUUACAGAAGAGGCGCAAGAGUGGUUUUGGCUUGUCGUAAUGUGGAGAAAGCAAAGGAAGCAGUGGAAGAAAUAAAAAAUGAUCCAUAUUUGGGCACAGAUAGCAAACAGUUCAAUGGUAAGCUAGGCGAGCUUGUGAUCUAUCCAUUGGAUCUCAGUAGCUUAAAAAGUGUAAGAGAAUGCGCUAAGAUGAUAUUGGCAGAUGAAUCAGUUAUUCAUAUAUUAGUAAAUAACGCUGGUAUAAUGAUGUGUCCGUAUGAAAAAACUAAGGAUGGAUUCGAGCUGCAGCUGCAAUCAAAUCAUAUCGGACAUUUUCUUCUGACACUAUUACUGCUACCAAAAAUACAGUCAUCCGCUCCUGGCUGCAGAAUAAUUAACGUGUCAUCAAUUUGUCAUCUCCUUGGUAAUAUAUAUUUCGAUGAUAUAAAUCUAGACAGAUCGUAUAGUCCUAUGAAAGCAUAUGCACAAAGCAAACUGGCGAAUAUACUGUUCACCAAGGAACUAGCACGUCGACUAAAAGAAGCAGGAAUUAGCGGAAUAAACGUGUACUCCUUGCAUCCCGGCGUCAUAAGAACCGAAUUAAGCCGACAUUAUAGUAAAACGAUAAUUCCGGGCGCGACGUUUAUCUACCGAAAUAUUUUGAGGCCAUUCAUCAAAAAUCCGAUACAAGGAGCGCAAACAACGAUACAUUGUGCGGUUGAUGAAAAAGUGGCUAAUGAGACUGGUCUUUAUUAUGUAGAAUGUCGUGCGACCAGACCGCAAUGGAGAGCGAGAGAUGAUCGAAUAGCCAAGGAUUUAUGGAACCAUACUUGCCGGCUUUUGCACUUGGAACCUGAUGAAAAUUUUACCACAUUUUUGCAAACUGUCUCGCGCCAACUUGCCGAAUAAUAUUUAUUUGUAUAGUGUUAAUUCAUAGUGAAAUAAUAAAUAUAAUUUCUUGCCUUUGAUAA